CAUGUCAUAUUUUUGCAGUUGAAGCCUCAGACCUAGAAGAUGAUAAACUUCAUGAUGAUAUUAAAGCUGCAGAAAAACAUACAGCCCUUCAUUCUGCUCUAUCAGAACUUGCUGGUGAUUUUGAUGGGGAGGCUAUGUUCUUGCAGCGAUUUUUUGGUGCAAGACUAAAAGCUGUAGUAUCCACAGGUUCAUUGAAGCUUGAUCUUGCCCUUGGAAUUGGAGGAUUACCAAAGGGAAGAAUUGUUGAAAUUUAUGGGCAGGAGGCAUCAGGCAAGACAACACUUGCUUUGAAUGUAAUCAAGGAAGCCCAAAAGCUUGGAGGUUAUUGCGCAUAUCUAGACGUGGAGAAUGCACUGGACCCUCUUCUGCUUGAAUCUGUUGGUGUAAAUACUGAAAGUCUUCUCAUCUCACAGCCAAAUUCUGCAGAAAAUUUGCUGAGUAUUGUUGAUACUCUCACAAAAAGUGGAGCAGUUGAUGUGAUUGUUGUGGAUAGCGUUGCUGCACUCAUCCCCCAACGUGAAAUUAUGGGUGUAAUAAGUGACAAUUUCGUUGAAACACAAUCACAGAUAAUGACACAAGCACUCCGCAAGAUUCAUUUUUCAUUAUGUCGUUCAGAGACUCUUAUUAUAUUUAUAAAUCAGGUGAGAUCAAAUGUAAAAUUACGUCAGGAAGGACUUAGAAACGUAAAUGAGGCUACCUGUGGUGGAAAUGCCUUGCCAUUCUAUUCUGCUGUACGAAUGAGGAUUGCUAGAAAAGGACUGCUCAAGACUCAGGAUAAGGUAACUGGGCUUGGUAUAUGUGUAGAGGUGAUGAAGAAUAAACUAGCACCCGCAAUGAAAAAGGCCGAACUAGAGAUUUUAUUCGGAAGAGGCAUAUGCCGUGUAUCUGAGGUCCUAGAAUUGGCUUGUCAACACGGGGUUGUUCCGGAAGAAGGGAAUUGUUACUUAUUAGAUGGAGAAGUUGUCAAGGGUAAAAUACAAGCCGAAAAGUAUUUGAUUCGGAACGAAAGGGUUUGUGAUGAUUUGGUCAAAACUCUAAGAAGAAAGUUGUUUCGUAUCGAUCAAGAUUCUGAAUCAUGAUCCUUGCGUGUUCUUGCUCAAGUCCAAGAAACGUAGGUACCCUUAUAACUUGUAUAAAUUAUUAGUCAACGUUUUUAGAAGAUAACGAAAUUUGCAUUAGUUCCUGUUUAGUGUAAUACAUAUUUCUUUUUCCUGAAUCAAUGUUUCAAAGUUUCAAAAUUUUCUGUUUCCUACAAGUUUUGACCGGUUUUUGUGACACGGAUGCCAAGUUUAUUGUUCCCUUCGUCGUAACCGUUGGAAACAGGUAUGCACGCUAUUAGAUGUUGAAAGAUUAGUAGGUUCCUGGUCGAAAUUGGUAGAAAAUAAAACCAAGUUUGCCUUAUGUUUAGAGUUUAGUGUAACAGACCAUUUUUUCUGAACCACUGUAACGAAGUUUCAAAAUUUCCUAUUUU